UAAUGAGGGCGAGCGAGAACGAAGCCUUCCACUCUCUAUUUUCCCAUGAUGGACGGGUUUCGCGUUUCGCCCACAGACGGAGUGGUCGAGGAUCCUAUUGCGAGCAAAAGGCACCUGGAAGAGUUCCUUGAUGUUGUGGAAGAGCUCUUGGACGCUGACGGAAGCGAAAAACUCACUUUAUUGGACUUUCUGAGCAAGAGAUCUUCAUUAAUCACAGUUAGACGUUAUGCACUUAUUCAAAGAGACCUGGAUGUCGUGGACGUGCUUUCCGAAACUUUGUUGGAGUCGUUGGAAGCUGUUCGGAACGGGAUCGACGAUAGUUUGCACCUGAGGGUGAGAAAGUACGCGUGGUUUCGACCCUGAUGGGUCAAAUAUACGCUCCAUUUGCUGAUAGUGUAACCUCAUACCGAAAUCUUUCUUCGCUCCAGGUCGCUCAGGGCGUUUUAGGGGUCUUGGAAAGCUUAGUAGGAAGCGAGGGGACCGCAGAUACAUCGGACGGGAUUAGCAAACGAAAUGCUACUAUUGUUCUGCGUCAUCCGAGCAAACCUCUGCGAGCGGUUUCCGAUCUACUCGGGGUGGUAUGCGCUAUUGCCUCAGAAACUCAAGCUGGACAGAGGAAAGGCCUUGCGCGAGCGUGUGAUCUCCUCAAUCACGCGAGUGGCCUCGUUUCGCACCUCACUGCAAACGCCGGAUGGUCCUUGGAUGCGCUCCAAGGUCUGGGUACAUAUGACAAAGCCAAAGGCCUCUCUUCUGGGCAAUCGAUGGAUGAUGUAGUGGGGAUGGUGUUACAGAUUGUGACUGGCGAGCUCAUCCUCCUCUCUGGAAUGGACGGAAAUCAACCACAUCGUCUGUUUGAGACCUUUGAAAAGGUUCUUCAACUCUGGUUACAGACAGCAAGCACGGCAGUCGUUUCACCAGUGCUUUGGCUGCUCUUGGGUGCCGUUUUGAGAUGUCAAUUACCUGGGGCACUGGCAAAUACGAGUGCAAGCACGACAACAGUGAAAUGGAUGUUGAGUCAGGGAGAAUUGUACCUGAAAGGCCGCUCACUGACAGGGCAGGAAAUUCAACGCGCACUUGAGCGCCGUGGGAAUAGUUGGGUAUCGAUUAUUUCCAUGUUGACAACAAGCCUUCAAAAAGCGCGGGUCCUACCCCAACCCGCGUCGACCUUCGUCAAGCAGAAUGUUGCAGAUUUGUUCGCGUUCUAUGUGAAUGUGAGAGGAAACCAUACGCACCUGCACAGUCCGCCUGCAGCAGCUUCACUCUCGAUGAAACAGAUGCGUGCCAGUCCGACUGCGUACUGCUCGAUUCCCACCAAUUUACAAGAUUGCAUGCACAGGGUCAAAAGUCUGCUCACCGUACAUUUUGUUUCGGACGUCAAUGACCUCGCCGCCCAUAUCGCGGAUGUAUUGCGGAAUCUUGCAAUCCUGAAGUUACCACAUUGCUCUAUCGGGGAUGAACUCAUAUCUCUCCAAAAGGACUUCAACUGGGCCAUUCACCACGAAGAGCGUUGCAGCUUGUAUCCAUCGCCGAUGAGCAAGUUUGGAGUUUUUUCCAUGGAGGACUUGCAUGCGUGCGUUGUUUUCGCAUUGGACGUAUUCAGCAAGUAUUGCUUGUUGGCUGCGGGUGCUGGAAAAUCGCUGGCUCCGUCGCUGCAGCUUCCAGCUGCACAGCCAUCUGCGGCUCCUACCUCUCCUGCGGCUGGCAUACUGCGCUUGGGGGUUGCGAUUGUUUGUACAGAAGAUGCAUGUAUGGAGUCGCAUGAGUGCGCGUCAGCGGGAAGCGAGCAUGAAAUUCUGAACGAAUCAGUAGAUGGGAAAAUGACAGCACUCCUCCUGGACAUCGCGAAACGCUGCCAAGAUCAGCUACUGAUUCCAUUCUUCAGGGAACCCAUGCGAUGGAAGUUGUUCCCAGCGGUUCUGCUGAAAGAAGUCAAAUCAGCAAGACUGAAAGAGGCCUCGAAUUCGAGUAAGCUCGAUUGCGGGGGAAUACUUCCAGCUGCGGCGAGCCCAUUAUCGUUGUUACCUUCACUGAGACCUCCCACACGAUCGAAUAUCGCUCGUGAGCCGAUGAAAGCAUCUUCGGAAAGUUCAUUAGCCUUGAGCCCAAGGCUCAGCGGUUCCUCUGAGAUACUUGGGGGCACUUCAGCCGUUGCGCAGCGGCCCGCCAUGAUGGAAGAGCCGCGGACUAGAUACAUGGAGAUCCAGCGUGAACCUCAACCGUCGUCCAAGGUCCGCCAGCGCCUCGCCUUCUUCCCUUUUGAGACCGCAUGAUCCUUCGGCUGCUUCCAUAGCAACGUUAUCGGGCGGUAAUUUGCUUGAUGAUGCCGAUGUACCAAACAGUGACCGCUCGGAAACUGCAGGCGAGAUAGCCUACUUUCUGGAUAACGAUCUAUCCUCGUUCCUAGCG